GCCCCCAUCGCUGUGAAACUGCAAUAGUUCCCUAACUUUACUCUUGGUUCCCUCUUAUAUUUUCGGUCGCUGUUUUUUCCGGCAAACUCCGCCCCUGGCUCCAGCUCCCUCUGCAAAAGAUCACUUCGACCACACUUCGCUCGACGGGAUCCUUGACCGUGUUGCGGCUUCCAGUCGCUGACCCAUCGCUCGCACUGUUGCCCGCUGGACAUCUGUAAUCAAGCCUCAGCUAAUCCAAAGCCCAAUGGAGGACCAUGAGAAGUACCAGCGGAACUUUGAAGAGGCAACACUGCCCCACUUCCUCAAAGGGAUCUCUAGCUUGUUGUCCUUGCUGGAAUUCGUGGUCAACGCGCCUUCGGGGGAACUCAGCGACUCCAUGUGUGAGGACAUCAAGGGCGAGGUUGAAGGUGCACACACGGGGACGCUGGCGGCAGAGGAGGCCGCCGGCACUGUCGUUGGCCUCGUCGACAAGGCUUGCGAAGAGCUGAUAUCACAAUGGGGCAGGUGGAGCAAGAGGCAGGAAGAGCUGCAAGCCGGCCUCGCAUCCACACGGGAGCAGCUGGAGGACCUGGCCGCUCGGCGGGAACAGGCUGAAGGUCAGGUCCAAAGUGCCGCCGUGUGGCUCAAGCAAGCAAAGCAGUCGCUGGCUGCAGCCAGGGCCAAACGGGGAGAGAAGCGGACGGGGAGAGACAUAGGAAUUGGUCUGUCCUUCGUUAUCCCAUGUAUUGGUAUCCCUAUGGCAGUUGCCUUUGAGAAAGAGCACGUGUACAGGAAGCUAGAAGUGGAGGAAGCCUGGGAGGAGGUUUGCCAAGUGACCGCCAGCAUCAAGAAGAACAAGGAGGAGAUGAAUCGAAUUGACAGGCGGGUGCCGGAGCUAGAGAAGGAAGCGGAGAAGGCCACCGAGACAUUGAGUGGGGUGAAGGAAGAGAUGUCGAAGAUCAGACAGCUGCAUAUCUCACUGGGCAGCAUGCAGUGUAAUCUCAAGAACUGUUUCCAGUACCUGUCCACCCUUCGUGGGUUGCUGAGGGUAAUGAAUGUUCAGAGCCAGAACCUGUACAGUCUGGACCAACUGGUGCCACUGAUAGUCGAGGCCUGUGAACAUGUUCAGCGGCAAGUGGCAGGCAACGAGUUCCUGCUGACGGCAACACAAGUCCACACAGUCCUGCACUCCAUAGCAGCCACACUACCCAGCCUGCAAGAAAGCAAGCAGGCACAAACUGAGGACCAAUUCUGAUGGAAGAUGCAUCACUUCUGGCUGUAACAUUAGAUUGUACAUUCUCUCACGACAGAUGCUACCUGACCUGCUGAGCAUUUCCAAGUUAUCUUUUUUUAGUUUGGUUUAGUUUAGAGAUACAGCGCGGAAA